CAAGAUGAGGCGGUGAUAUUAAGCCUCAUAUGCCAGACUGGAACAAAUCAUUGCUAUUUGGCGCCAGAAAGAAGCCUGGCCGUGAAAAAAUUUCACCCCACCACCUUAAGAAAAUGGAUCAUGCUGUUAAUGAAAAUGAUAUCCAUCGUCAAAUCGCAGGGUUUAACUUUGAUAAGCCAAUCAAAGUCACCUGUAUCAUUAUGGAUGAUGAAACAGAUAAUGCUAAAAAUCCACUCGACCCUUUUAAACCCGUAAAAAAUGCUGCUUCACAAGUUAUAAACAAUACUAAUUCUGAUACACUACUAUUGAAUACAUCUGCGAGACAUGAAAAUGACGUUAAUUUUAAUGAAAAGAGAGCGAAUAUUGGGCAUGAACCGCAUAAAGUUGCAGAUGAAGCUAUGCAAUACGAUAGAAAUGUAAAAAACACGAAAAAUGUUCCUAAUUAUUAUGAGCCUAAGUCUCUUACUACUUUGAGGAAGCAAAUUAACAUGGUCAGCAGUAUGACAAACCAUAUUCAUUUUACACCUGAUGAAAAGAAGUUAUACCUAAGCUCAAUAGAUUCGGUAUCAAAGAAUUUGAUAAAUGUUACCAAGUAUUAUCACUUUUAUAAUAUGAGAUAUAUGGAAAACCAUAAUGUCAAGGAAAAGUAUAUAGAUUACAAAUAUCGUUAUUACAGCCUAUCAUACAACAUUGUUGUUUCGAUAAUAUUGCCACAGGAGCAUAACCAAACAUUCAUUGAUAAUUUUAUUUUAAGAACAAUUGAAUUAGGAAAUCGCGAGGGAUGGUACAAUCUUAUGAACGUUGAGGCCUUAGGAGCUCUGGUGAAAGAUAUGAUUAAAUGGGCCAAGCGAAGGAAAAUGUAUCAGGAAGAACACGAACAUUAUUUACGACAUCUUAUGUGUGGGCAACCAGUACCACCCGUAGCAACUGUAUCAUCAUCAAAUAACAUGUAUGAUGUAAAUACACAGCAGCAAUUGCCUAGACUACCACAAGUUUCAGCCUCAUCAUGUCCACCAGCGUUAACACGGGUAUCGCCUACACUACCUAUACCAUCAUCAUCAAACAGAAACAUCAAUGUUAACACUCCAUAUCCAAUGAAAAGAGCACCAGCAGAAUUACUUCCCGCACCCCCCACUCCACCAGUGCCUUCGAUAUCAAACAAUAUCUCCCAUGCUUACAAAAACCAACAAAUUAAUAGCCUCCCUACGGUUUCGCCCACACAUCAACUGAAUAGACAACCUUCAGUUUCGCCCUCUCAGCAACUGAGCAGACCGCCUCCAGUUUCACCCACUAAGCAACUGAACAGACGACCUCAAGUUCCAUCCAUCCAGCAACUAAACAGACUACCUACAAUUUCACCCACCCAGCAACUGUACAGACCACCUCCAGCUUACCCCAUCCAGCAACUGAGCAGACCUCCAGAUUCAACCGCGCUAUCUGUACAGAAGAGUCACCAGCAAGAAAGGGCUCCUCCAGAAGGUCAUAAGAACAACAUAUGUCUCUUUACCACUGGGCCACCAGGCAGCGCAAUUAGUAUUAGCAUUGAUCCAUCGGUUGCAAAAACAGUUUCUGCUGAAAAAGUUCGUAAAAAUGCGCAAAAUCCAGAAAGCAAAAAACGUAAGACACAUGAUAACCCCAGAAAUGGAGACAUAUUAGUGACAAACGAUACAUGGUACCCUCCGAUGCAAAAUCACCAUCCACACAACAACUACAGCGCAAAUUAUGCCUCGCGCACAUCAACUGCCGAUGUUAUGAAUACAGCAAUAGAACCAGUUAAUAAUCAAAGCCAAUUUACGGACGAACAAAUUGAUAAUGAAUUAGACAAUGAUAAAUGUCAACCACUGUUAUCAAGAUCAGUGUCAAGGGACAGUGGCUUUGGGAGUCCAGUUUUAUGCUCAUUGCUAACUAACAACGAUUACAACAUGGCCUACCCAUCGUGCACAGACAAUCAAGACUUUACUCCAAACAUAGCUCAUGUCACUUCUCUCAAUCCUGGAGCUUUACAUAUAGCAAGUGGAUCGUGUAAAAUUUGCGGUUCGACUACGAAAAAUGUCUGCAUUGUAUGCUACAACGAAUAUUACUGUGGAUAUGUGUGUCAGAAUAUAGACUGGCCAGUUCACAAAGAGAUAUGUAGAGGGCAGUGAUAUAUUUAUAAGUAUAACAUAUAACAAUGUACCAAAGCUUUUUUAAAUGAUUGAUUAGAUAUCAAUGAUUGUUAUUACUCAAAAGAGGUACACACUUGAUCAGUUGUAUUCUAAAUGCACUCUAUAUGUAGCAAGACAAGUUUUGGCUUACCCAAGCUCAGGUAGGCUGCCUACCUGAACACAGUAUGUUUGAUACUUGGCAUUGUUUAGCAAAAGCUCUAGAGAUAACAUGCCAUUCUCUUGGGACUUUUCCCUCUCAUUACUGCAAGAGAUGGAUACUUACUCCUUUUUAAUAUGAUUAAAUUAGGGUAGGGUAAUGUCGAAUGUUUAUUAUUAACUAGCAGUUGCCCGCGGCUUCAUCCGCGAUGAAAUUUUGAUUUGCGACACUAUUUCCUGCAGUGUGUGCCAUGAAUUAUACGUUAUCAAGUCACAGUCAGAAAGAAAUACAUACUCUCUAUAACUCCAUAUACUAUUAUAUUACAUCUCAUUUAUAAAAGCGAAGUUUUAAAAGAUACUGUUUAAACAACUGCAUAUAAAAAAGCGAUAUUAUCACCUUGAGUUGCGUACCUCAGAGUGAUUUAAGCGGAUGCCUGUGACUCCGUCUGUGUAGAAUUCUUUAUUUCCCGGGAGCUUGAGAUGAUCUCCCGUGUUAUCUAAAUAGAAAGCUACCGGCAAAUUUCAUAUUAAUUAGUUAAUACGAUGGAUAGUUAGCUAUAUGCUACUGUGGGCUACAUAGUACAUUUCAGCAUACCUACGUAUAUAUAUUUAAGUGUAUUUUAUUUUACAAUUUACACACCAUAUUUGUAUAAACGUCCAUAUACACACAUUACAUUCAUACUAACUUAAAUACAACAUUUAAACAACACAAAGUUAGCGGACUAAAUUCGCGCGCAUACUCGGGUGAAACACGUAGUAUGCGUAGCAAAACCGGGUCCGCUGCGAAGCGACACGGGCGACCGCGACUGUCGCGUCGCCUGCGCCGCCUUCGGCAAUACUCUGCGGUGCAGUUGCGACCCGCGAUCUCCCGCACGCGCAGCAUACUAUUUGUAUUGUACAGAUUACCCUCUAUUUCGUCCGCUUGUAAUUUAUUCGUGGAUAUUUAGGCCUAGGUCUUAUUUGUAUAAUGCUUAUAUCAUUUAAGUAUGGAAUGAAAUGAAAUGAAAUAGUUUAUUGUACACCUAACAGACUGAAAUUAUAAACAAAAAAAGAAACAUUAAAUAUAACACACAGGUAUAAAGGGCGUCCUUAUCGCUAAAAAGCGAUAUGUGCAAGGCAACCCAACAAAGGAAAGGUAGAAAAAAAAACUUUACUGUAGGGUUAGGUUGUACACAAGAAAACGUUACCAAAUUAAAAAAUAAAUAUCAAUAAUUAUAUCAUACAAAGUAUAAGUCUACAACACAAAAGAAAAUGACUCAUUAGCAAAAAAAAAACAUACUUAUUAAGGUGCUAAAAAAAUAAAAUGCUUUUUAAGAAGUCUCUCGUAUCGUGUGUAACGACUGUGUAAUACCUCUAUAAUAACUUUUGUGCCCCCAUUAAAGACUUGUUUAUAUCGUGAGUACGAAUAUUAUUAUACCCGUACCUAAAAUACGUUAAAUGAAAGUUUCUAACAAUGUAUUUAUCCCGUAUGCUGCUGUUCUAAUUUUACCAUUUUUUGGCAUCCCUCUCCUUUCCUUCUUCAACUGGGCGUGUUACCGAAUUAAAACUUCUCGUCGGUUGUUCGACCAUCCCUGACUAAUUAAAUUAGCCCAUUUAUUUACUAUCAAAGAUUAUUUUUAUUUAAUUAUUAACCUAGUAAAUUUCUGAAAAAAAAUAAAUUCCAAUCCCUGUUUUACCCUUUUACCGGGGUAAUAUCUAAAAACCGUUCUUAGCUCAUAAUUUCAAGUUUGUACGCUUUAUACUUCCAGAGAUUUCGUGAUUAGUCAGUGAGGCAAUGGGUUUCUCUUUUAUAUAUAGAUAUAAGUGAUUGACUUUUCUACCUCUUUUAUGACUCAUAACAUCAUAGGCUAGUACUUAAUUUAUAUUAAAAACAAUGCAAAAAUGUUAAUAACUAUUAUUAUUGUAAUAAACGAAAUUGCUAAGCAAUUGUAUUGUAGAUAUUUUAUGUUAACCUAACGAAAUGUAUAUUUUAUUCAU